AUGUUGGAUAAAGCCAAGACACUCCAGCCUGCCUAUGUCGGGAUUGUGCCGCUUGCAGAGACUGUGUCAAAGCAAGGGAAGAGCUGUUCAAGCACAUAUCAGGAUUCAUACCACAGUUUACGAGAAGUGCUGCAGUUGAAGCUCCAGCAGCGACGCACACGGGAGGAGCUGGUGAGCCAAGGGAUCAUGCCGCCUCUGAAAAGUCCAGCUGCAUUUCAUGAACAAAGAAGGAGUUUGGAGAGGGCCAGGACAGAGGACUAUCUGAAACGGAAAAUUCGGUCCCGGCCAGAGAGAUCAGAGCUGGUUAGGAUGCACAUUCUGGAAGAGACCUCAGCUGAACCCUCCUUGCAGGCUAAGCAGCUGAAGCUAAAGAGAGCCAGACUAGCAGAUGACCUCAAUGAGAAGAUAGCGCAGAGGCCAGGUCCCAUGGAGCUGGUGGAGAAGAACAUUUUGCCUGUGGAAUCAAGCCUGAAAGAAGCCAUUAUAGUUGGACAGGUGAACUACCCAAAGGUUGCAGACAAUUCCUCCUUUGAUGAGGACAGCAGUGAUGCCCUCUCGCCAGAACAGCCAGCCAGCCAUGAGUCCCAGGGGUCUGUCCCAUCACCGAUGGACUCCCGGAGUUGUGAGCCUCUCCCUAGCACCACUGGCACGUCACUAGCUCAGGGUACAUCCCAAUUGCAGAUUAGCACAGACUCCAGUGAAACACUUUUCCUACCUGAACAGCCACCCCCACCUCUGCCACCUCCACCUCUUCUGCCUCCUAGUCUUACCAAUGGAGCGGCUCUUACUGCUGCCAAGCCCCCACCAGCACUCAUUAAGCAAAGCCAGCCCAAGUCUGCUAGUGAGAAGUCUCAGCGCAGUAAAAAAGCCAAGGAGUUGAAGCCGAAAGUCAAGAAGCUUAAAUAUCAUCAGUAUAUUCCCCCGGACCAAAAGCAGGACAAGGGAGCUCCUCCCAUGGAUUCAUCCUAUGCCAAAAUACUGCAGCAGCAGCAGCUCUUCCUCCAGCUUCAGAUCCUCAACCAGCAGCAGCAGCAGCACUACAACUAUCAGACCAUCCUGCCAGCCCCACCAAAGCCUCCAGGAGAGCAGCAGAGUGGUGCCAGUGCCCCUGCUGUACGCAAUCUCUCUGCCACAGUCAGCAGCGCAUCUUCAGUAUCCUCUGGUUCCAGUGGGCUGAUGCGACAAAACAGUAAUGCUGCAGUGGGCAAGCCUGGCCCUCUCCCUGCCAACCUAGAUGAGAUGAAGGUAGCAGAGCUGAAGCAAGAGCUAAAGUUGAGGGCCUUGCCUGUCUCGGGCACAAAGACGGACCUGAUUGAGCGUCUCAGAGCUUACCAAGAGCAGAAUGGUGCAGCCGGCCAAACAACCCCCAAUCCCAAGCCCAGCACAGCAGCCAUCCUCCCAAAAGCUGCUGAAGUGGUGGUGGCCUUCCCAGCUGCCAGGCUGAGCACAGGGCCAGCCCUGGUCACCACUGGCAUUGCACCAGCAGAAGUAGUUGUGGCCACAGUCACCGGUGGUGGCGUGAUGAAGUUUGGCAGCACAGGCUCGACUCCUCCUGUUUCUCCAACUCCUUCUGAGCGCUCACAAAUGAGCACAGGGGACGAGAACUCGGCCACUGGAGACACCUUUGGAGAGAUGGUGACUUCACCCCUGACCCAGCUCACCUUGCAGGCAUCUCCAGUGCAGUUCCUGGUGAAGGAAGAAAGCUCCAAGACCGCCUCUUGCAGUGUAAAUGCGGCACCCAGGUCAGAGCGGUGUAGCACUGGUAACAGCAGAGAUGCAGAAGUUAGGGACAAAGACCAGAUGCUGCAGGAGAAGGACAAGCAGAUUGAGGAACUCACCCGAAUGCUCAAGCAGAAGCAGCAGCUGGUUGAGAUGCUUAGACUACAGCUAGAGCAGGAGAAGCGCUCUCAGCAGUCACUGUCGGCCCCAGCAGCUGUGGGAGAAGGAACAGCCCUUGCCUCCAACCCCGUAGCAUUUGGCACCCAGGUCAAAAGUGAAAAUGGUUUCCUGAGUUGCCAGUCUGCAAAGCAAUCCAGUGGCCAAACAGACCAAUUCAGCCCUGCACCAACCGCUAGCCAAAUGGACACUUUGAAUCCAAGCCCAGUGCCAAAGAAAGCUGUGAUGGUGAAGCAGGAGGUGCCAGCUGCGGAAGCAGAGCUGCCAUGCCAGUCCCACAGCCCUCGGCUUUUCCUUGGCCAGCAAGGGAGUGCCCUGAGUGACCUCAUCAAAGGCACCCCUCCCCCCACCCUCAUCACCGACUCCACAGGGACCCACAUCGUCCUCACUGUGACCAAGCAGAGCGCCGAGAGGCAGGGCCUCUCGCCCCACGGGAAGGCAGGGAGUAGCUGCCCGGCCUUGCAGAGAGUACAAUCAUUGCCCACUAAAACUUCCAGUGAACUGCCGUGUCAGCUACCUGCAAGUACCCCUCAGCAGCCCACACAGCAGCAGAAGCAGCAGCAGCAGCCCCUGCAGCAGCAGCAGCCCCUGCAGCAGCAGCAGCCCCUGAAGCAGCAGCAGCCCAGAGGACUAAACCAAUCUGUCAGAAAGCCCUCAUCGCAGCCCAGCUCUCCUGCUGCCCCUUCCCCAUCCCAGAUGGACCUGGAGCAGCAACAGCACACGCCGCUUUUUGGAACUCCUCCACCUCCUCUCCCUGUUCCCUCGGUCCCAAUGAAAGAACCACCAGUCUAUGAAGAGGCCAUGAAGCAACAGCCAAAGGCCCAGGAGAACGGCUGUUCCAGCCAGCAGAUGGACGACCUGUUUGAUAUUCUCAUCGAAAGUGGAGAGAUUUCUGCUGACUUCAAGGAUCAGUCGUCCCCAGCUGGGAAAGAACCACCCGUGGCCCCAGCCUGCUCCUCACCGCCCAGCAGCCACCAAUCCUCAGAGCUGGCAGUGCCAGUGUCCUUGGGGCAGCCGGUGCCCAUAGGCCGGCUCGAGGACUUCCUGGAGAGCAGCACUGGCCUCCCGCUGCUGACGGCAGGCCAUGAUGGGCCAGAGCCCCUAUCCCUGAUUGAUGACCUCCACAGUGAGAUGCUGAGCAGCUCGGCCAUCUUGGACCACCCGCCUUCACCUAUGGACACCUCGGAAUUGCACUUUGCUCACGAGCCGUCUGGGGGCAUAGCCCUGGAUCUGGCUGAGGCUAACUUGGACAGCAUGGACUGGCUGGAGCUGCCGGGAGGGCCCGUCAUGAGCCUGGCUCCCCUUAGCACUGCAGCUCCCAGCCUCUUUUCCACAGACUUCCUUGAUGGACAUGAUCUGCAGCUGCACUGGGAUUCUUGCUUGUAACGCUGUGAGCAGAGACUGAAGGGAAUGGGAGUGGGAGGGCACAGGCAUGCAGGGGGAAGAGGCCAGUCAACCCAAAAAACAAAAAAAAAAAGAA